UAAUGAGGUAAACAUUUAACACGUUAUAACACUAACACUUUAAAACUCAUUUUCUCAACAUUAUUUUAACACCUAUCUUUUUAACACAUUUUCAGAGUAGGUAAAACUGCAGGGUGGAAAUAAAUGACCGAAAAAAGAAAACGAAAUUUGUGUUUUUUAACUCCAGGUUUGUUUUGUCCCAAAAUGAUGUUUAGAACAUCAUUUAAACCACGUACAACAUAAAAAACUGCCUUCUCUUUUUCCGGCAUCUGCCUGCCCAUGAGUCCCCUUCAAACCUGGAGCGGCAGCGUCACUGCCCGUAUUCGGUUCUGCUUUACCCUUGGAAGAACAUACUGUAAUCCUGCACUGCAGUAAAAUAGUCCGAGGGUCACGUUUGGAAACAUGGAGCUGGAUUACGCAGCGCAAAUCUGGAGUCUGGAGUCUCGCCGUUUACUGGAGUGAUGCUUGACGUCAGAGGUAGCCAUUAGACCCGUCCUUUGACAGUCUAAGGUUGGAAGUGGAGUACGGAGAGAUCCCGGCACACUUAUCACAGCUGUGGAGGAAAGAGGAGGCUGCAGGAUGCUGGAAUCGCUCCUAGUUGCUACAACCUAGCGGUUUGCUUUCCUUUGAACCAAGGCCUUGUGUGCUGCAUUUAAGAGCAGACCGCUUCCACAGAACACAAGGGAUAAUAAGAGUUUAAAGGAAAUGUUAGGUACCCUGCAUUAAAACGUUUGCAGGUAGAAUUCAGCCAGGAGAAAGCGGUUCGUGGAUCUUCUGGAGAAAUAAAAAGAAACACAGACAGACGAGGGGAGAUGACGACGUGAAAUUUCCUAAUGAAAAAAGAGUAAUAAAUCGCGGUGGGAAGGCGGGACGGGGAUUAAUAGUUGUGAAUGGUAGCUGGAUUUUAUUUCGUUUGACUGGAAAUGGGAGCGUUGACGAGCAGGCAAAAUGCUGGAGUGGAAGAGGUCGACAUCCCUUCUAAUUCUGUCUACAGAUAUCCGCCGAAAUCCGGCAGCUACUUUGCCAGCCACUUCAUCAUGGGUGGAGAGAAGUUUGACUCCACGCACCCCGAGGGCUAUCUGUUUGGAGAAAACGCAGACCUCAACUUCCUGGGAAACAGGCCUGUCCCGUUUCCCUAUACAGCUCCUCCUCCUCAGGAGCCAGUGAAGACCCUCCGGAGCCUUGUGAACAUUCGCAAGGACACGCUGAGACUUGUCCGGUGUAGCGAGGAUGUGAAGACGCCCAGGGACGAGGUGGGCACCAAAGGCAGAGCCUGCUACAACGUGGAGUUCACCUUUGACGCCGACACUCAGGUCGCCAUCACUAUCUUCUACCAGGCCAGCGAGGAAUUCCACAAUGGCGUGCCAGUGUACAUCCCUCAGGACAACUCCCUGCAGUCGGAAACGGUGCAUUUCAAGAGAGGGGUCUGCCAGCAGUUCUGCUUGCCAUCGCACUCCAUCAAUCUCUCAGAGUGGAGCGAUGAUGAGCUGGUUUUUGACAUGGAUAAGGAUAUCUACCCCAUGGUUGUGCAGGCUGUGGUAGAUGAAGGAGAAGAGCAUUUAGGUCAUUCCCAUGUGCUGUUGGCUACAUUUGAGAAGCAUAUGGAUGGAAGCUACUGUGUGAAGCCAUUAAAACAAAAGCAAGUGGUGGAUGGGGUCAGCUACCUCCUGCAGGAGAUCUAUGGCAUCGAGAACAAGUACAACACUCAGGAAUCUAAGGUGGUGGAUGACGAGAUCAGCGAUAACAGUGCAGAGUGUGUGGUUUGCCUGUCUGAUGUCCGGGAUACCCUCAUCCUCCCCUGUCGGCACCUCUGUCUCUGCAAUGCCUGCGCAGACACCCUGCGGUACCAGGCCAACUGCUGCCCCAUCUGCAGACUGCCCUUCAGGGCACUGCUGCAGAUUCGUGCCAUGAGGAAGAAGAUGAGUCCAAUGUCCCCCACUGGAUUUAACCCUGUCAUUACCUCCCAGACCUCAGACUCUGAGGAGCACUCGGCCUCCGAGCACAUUCCCCCUGGAUAUGAGGCAGUGUCGCUGCUGGAGGCCCUCAAUGGGCCCCUGAGCCCCUCUCCCUCUGCCCCCCCGCUGCACAGCCUGACUGGUGGCCACGUGUCGGGGGCCCUGCCCUCAUAUGCCAGCGAGGGCCACGGCCUUCCCGCGCGCGCGCUGUCUCCACUGGAGCGCUCUGUUGACUCCAGCCAGGGGCUCAAGCUGAAGAAGAGUGGCUCCAAGACUCUUUCCCAAAAUUCCUCAAUCCUGGCUGAAGAAGAUGACGAGAAGUCCGGGAGUGAAUUGGAGAUCAGGACAUGCAGGAGAAAGAUCGUAGAUGACCAGCAUGAGGCAGGGGCAACUCCUGAGAGUGAGAAUCUAACCCUGUCGUCCUCUGGGGCCAUUGACCAGUCGUCCUGCACAGGGACCCCACUGUCUUCCACAAUCACCUCUCCUGAAGACCCCGUGAGCAGCAGUCUGGCCCAGUCAGUGAUGUCCAUGGCCUCCUCCCAGAGCCACCACUCCCAGCUCAGUACCGACACUAUCUCCUCCAUGUCGGGGUCCUAUAUGGCUGGAGCUGAAGGAGAGCCCCCCGAGACCCCCGCUGACAGUCGGGGUCCCUCACAGAACGGGGAGGAAACGCCCGUGGAGAUGAAGGAGAACAAUUUUCUUGCCAUUGUAGCAGAGGAGCAGGACUCUGAGGGAAAUGAUGUAACAGAGGAAGAGUGCCCCUCGCCCACACAGGACCCGGGUGGGAGGAGGACGAGUGAGGUGCCUUGUCCUGAGUUUGACAAUAACAAUCAGGGCGUGACCCCCUGCUUGACAGGGCUCGACAAUGAGCUGGUCCCUGACGCCUGCAUCGCUGGGCUGGUGUUCCGAGGGGAUUACAGACUGGGAAGGGGGCUCCUGCAGCAGCACGCCUCCACGAGCAACAUCAACCUGGAGGAAGAGGAGGGUGAGGAAGAGUGCAGCAUUCCCCCUCAGACGUCAAAACGUGGACCCCUUGCCGUGUGACCAUGCCCCAGCCCCUGCGCUCCAUAAUUUCGCCAGGACCACUCCCUUGACCCCAUCACGAAGCACCCCAACACCUUAUCUUACAAGUGUCGGGGGACAAAACAGCUCUCCUUUCCGUCCAUCGCUCCCAUACUCAGCUCUGGCCUUCCUCUAGGAACGAUAGCUAAAAGAGGUGAAUUGCCAGGUCAUGGCAGGAAACAUGAGCCCUGUGUGGCUGGAUCUGUCCAUACUUUGAGCACUUAAAUAUUGGGGGUUUGACUUUGUUUUCUUGGCAUCGUCUUUUUUUUUUUUGCUUCUGGCAACUCCUCCGCAUCGGCAGCCAAAACUUUUAAAAUUCUGUGACCCCUGUGUGCAAAACUGCCAGAAACCGCACUGUGAAGGACGUGUGCUGCACGAGGCCAUUUAAGACUUGCCAUCAAGCCAUGCUGUAGGAGAAUGAAUACUGUACUGUUGCAGGUUUGAUUUCUUCAACUCCAGCUUGUAACCUUUCUCAAGAGACGUUUUUAGUGGGAAUAUGUGGGGCCUGUGAUAGCCCUUCCCUUCCUUCUUAAGCUCAGACUGGCCAUGUUGACCUAUUUAAUUAUCAAAGUCUUCAAAGGUCUGUUGGCGGCUGAUGCACAAAGUGAAAUGGGGAAUAAUGCUCUUUGUGCAUGCUAUACAACACAGUAAUGGGGUUUAUUGCAAGGGUGCAGAAAUAGUGGACAUUCUGAGAUGUGCCAGUGAGGACUUCUGGGGACAGCCAGCUUGUAUAGUCUUGAAAAGCCGAGUGUUUUAAAACUCAUUCCAGACCUGCAGAGAGAAAUGUUAAGCUGCAGCUACCAGGGAGCAAAGAUAAAAAUGAAAAUGCAGGAGCAGGAAAUCUGUUUGGACUCCAUGGAGAAAGUAAGUGUGGGAUAGGAUAGUUUUGGUGUCUGCCAGCACAAAAAUUGAAGGAACGAAAUUGAAUUGAACUUCAUUUUAGUGUAGUCAGUUGUUGUUUAUAUCACAUUGUGGGGCAGAUGAUGAAGGUGGGCUUCACUAAACUGACAAGGUCUCAUUUUUAAAAGUGAAGUUAGCAUCUCUGGCAUUAAGUGCAUUGGCAGAAGAGGUCAGUCCAUGUCAAAGAGGAAAGGUGUGACAGGAAGUGGCGUUCUCAAAGCUGUGAGUAGGGAACAAGUUGGAGAGUAAUGAGCCUGUGGUCCUGAAUCCCACUGAACAUAUUUCUUGCACAUUGUGUUACAUCCCUGGGACCUGCUCGUGUAAAAGCAUCUCAUCACUGGAUUUGUUUAUAAAUUGGAAUAGAUGUACAAGUAAUUUCCCACUCCUGGUGUAUUAUUGUGGAAUAUCGCCAUGCUCCAUCAAUCACCAGCGUACAUUCUAGAGUUCUGUAUUGUGAUUUCACAGUGGUCAUAGAGUCAUUUUAGAGAACAUAAACUAGAUAUUAAGAGAUUUUUAUGUGUGGGUUAGCAUUUUCCACCCUGAAGUAGUUUGCCGAUUUUCACAUUUUGUUAGCCGAAAAAAUAAGAUGAGCAAGGUUAGUAAGCUUCAUGAAAAGUGCCACUUUAAAGGGUUUUCUGUUCUGUGCUGAAAUUCUUUAAACUGAAAUUAGACAGAGGAUUUGGCUUUAUCCCAUACUAUAGUGACACUUUAUUAAUACAAAACUUUAGAAAUCAGCCUUUACAGACCGGGCUUUACCUAAAGGUCUGUAAUGCUGCCGAUAGGAUAAAGACUUAAAAAUAUUGAAAAUACUGGGAAUUCACUAAAUAAACAUUGGAAACUUUAUUUGAGCGGAACGUCUGGGAGUUCCUGAGUCCCACCGAGGUUAGAGAGGAAUAUUGGGGCUACUUCAUUUUCAGAGGCUUUUAAAGCACACACUUUGAACCCUUACUGUGACAAAUGAGAGCUCAAAUAUUCUAAAGUCUCGGAGUGUCAUGUAAGAAAAGGGUUAAAUCAGGGACUUCGAAUCGUCUGCCCAUCGCAGAUUCCAAACAUGUCCGUUGAGGCCGGCCUUCUGUUUCAGAGGAGGCUUCCUGUGUCUACCCGGCCUAAAGCCGCCGUCGAGCACUGGAUCUGGAAUUCUGCGGUUGGCGGGUGGGUUUAAUCCAGGGCCCGAGACUUUCAAAGGGAAAGCCAGCAGCGUAAGCUGCCCCAGAGGUGAAGCAUGUUAAUGAAAAAAAGCCAACGGGGACCCUUUGGGGGGGAAAAAGAAAAGGGGCUUUCCUGGACACCUUUGCUUGGCCGUGAAUGAAUCUCUUUCACAGGCGCAAGCACACACACACACACACUUGCACUUUAGCACUCUGUCCGGGAGACUGGGGGGAUUGGAUGUCCGUGUAGUUUCGUUGUUUUUUUUUUCUUUGUGUCGUUGUUUUUUUUUUUUUUUGCUGCUGCUGGUGAGAUUCCAGAAACCUUCCACAAAGGAAACAGUAAAGCAAUAAAAUGUCUGCCGCUUGGCUGUUCAACCCUGUCUGUGCUGACCUGUCUUCAGGGUCGUUUCUGCCCAUCACAAAGCCACAAGUACCCCCCACUACACUGCUGGAUUUAAAUACCCCUGCAUGCCAUUUAAAAAUGUAAUAAUUACCAUGCUGCUCUUCCUCCUGCCAGUCACAAUAAUAUGCAUGUGGUAUAGAGUGAUAGUGGAACUCCGGAAGAGGAAAUCUGUACACUGUGUUCUCUUACACAGCUGAAACCAUCUUCACAUUCCAGUAGCUUAUCCAGACUUGCAUGUUAUUGAAAGAAGUCUUUAACAUUAACAAAUUUACAUUCACAAAAGGAAUAAAAGUUAACUUGAGAAUAUGCUGCACAAACUGCAGUUUCAAGAACUGCAGAAAGGCAACUUUUGAAAACGGAACAAGUGACGCGGAUGCUGCUCUUUUCAGAAUCCUCACCUCUGUGUGUAAAGGCAUCACAGUGCUGUUUCAGAGACCUGUGGUGUUUGCAUGUAUUUCAACUAGCUCACUCUGUCCUACAGUACCAUGGUAUUCUGAAGCAGUACUGUGGUGUGGUUUUAUAGAUGUUAAAUGCACUAGUCCUCUCCUUCAAAUGGUUUUGAUUUUAAAACAAAUGCCUGUUUUGAGAUUGUUUAUUCAUUAACAGUUGUGACUGUAAAGCCAGAACCUAUAAUUUUAUGUAGAAGUUGUUGCUUCUCUGUGUAAGGAUGUUUAACUGGUUUUACUCCUCAUGUUUUGCAGAAGCCCAUAGUGUGAGUUUGUAUGUUGAGGAUUUGGUUUACACCGAGCCCAUGAAUAACAAAAUGCAAGCUUCAAAUCAGCUCAAACUGAACAUUUAUGUGGAAACUUGGUCUUGGAUGUGGUUAUAUGGUUCUGAUUUGUUCUUAUGAAGGACAGCAUAUAAUAUAACUCGCAACAUUUGGAGUUUACGCUAGUGGGGAAAAUGUUGAAGCAAAAAAAUGUAUUCACAGCAUCAUCACCUCACUUUCUCUAAGCACUUAUCCUUUUCAAGUCCACGGUAGCCCAGAGCCUAUGCCAGGAAGCAAAGGGGGCGGGGCAGGUUGCACUCUGGAUGGGAUACCAGUCUAUCGAAAGGCACACAGAGAUACAAACGCAGACAUGCACCCAAUUACACCAGGGUCAGAUUUCCCAGAAGCCGGUUUAACCACCAGUAUAGUCUUUGGACUAUGGGAGCAAACCCAUAUAAACAAUGCAAAGGCAUACAAACUCAGAUAACACCUCAGGAAUUGAACCCAGGUGAUUAACAAGUGACACUGACACAUGAAAAGCUCAGCUCUAGGAAUUCUUCCAUGCAGGUGCCUGGACAGUAUCCUUACUCGCACUUCUGUUUGUGGGACAAGCAAAAUGAGGUACAAAUUGCAAUUUUAAGUUUUUUCUGUUUUCAUUUAACUGGUUUCAGUAAAACCUUUUUCAAAGUAUUUUUGUUGCUGUUCAGCUGGCUUGACCAACAUCCACUUUCUGGCUCUAGCAGUGCAACUGCAAUUUAAAUCAAUCAGGGAUAUGAGCACAAAUGAUUUAGUCUGAAGAUCAUUGCAACAGUGAAGAGCAGUAUAUUCCCUAUUAUAUUGUUCUCUAUAGUAAUAUAAUAUUCAUGCUCCCUAGCUCCCUGUCCAUUUGAAAGCACUAAACAGUUCUGGUCCACAUGUGCACUUCAUUCUCAGUCUGCCUCGUUUGUGCACAGCAGGUUUGUUCAACUCUGCUCUACUCCAGCUGUGCUACUGGCGCUGUCCAUAAAAACCACAAUGGUGCACUUACCAGCUGCCUCUGUCCAAGACGAAAUGGCUCAAUGCGUCUCUCCUUUGGUAAUCUAAUCACCUGUUGAAAACAUAAGGACUUUGUAUGAAAAAUGAACAAUUUGCAACCACUCAGUGGGUAUUGGUGUUAUGUGUCUGUGCUAUCUGUUAAAACAGUUGUGAAAAAAGAGAGAGUGAAUGCACUACUAGUCUCACUGGACCACAGAUGAAAGGGUGCAUGUGCUUGAAGCUCAUGUAGAAAAGCACCUUAGUGUAGCUAUGUCCAGACCUGUCGAUACCUCCACUUAGUUCUUGUGUACAUUUGCACUACACUUUUAACCCUUUCCUUAUCUGCAGUGUUGACCAAUACCUCUGGGCCUAUUCUGAGCCUAUAGCUGCAUGUUAAAAUGGGCAAAUUAAUAAUUGCUUUUCACAAAAACAGAUAAGUGUGAAGAUAAUGAAAGGGUUAAAUCUCUUUAAGAAUGACUUUUAUGGAGUUCCGGUUCAAUAAACUUUUUAAAAACGCC